AUGGAUAUCAAAAGCUGGCUAAGAACAGUACUGCAACAUUAUCAAGACCCAGAGAGAACCUUUCGAGAUGUGGAUGCAGUACUACAAAUGUAUUUAUCGCUGAAACCAAAGAUGGACACUUACACAUCCAACGAUGGGCAUACAGAAUUGUUGUUAUGCUUACAUGGUACAGUGCCUAUUACUUAUCGCUCUAUUCCGUACAACAUCCCGGUAGCUUUUUGGAUCCCUAAAGAAUAUCCCAAGUCUUCGCCAAUUCCAUAUGUGAAGCCUACUGCUAAUAUGUUGAUUAGAGAAGGCAGACAUGUUGAUAAAAGUGGCAUGUGUUAUCACCAUUAUAGAUCAAGUUGGUCAAGUGAUCAAAAGCACACUUUCUUGGAGCUUGUUGCCAUUUUACAGCAAGUGUUUGCACAGGAACCACCAGUAUAUACCAAGCCAACUAGCAUUGCAACAAGCAAUAUGGGGUCGCCACAAAUGCAACAAGAAUCACUUUUGGAUAGAGCUUCACCUUCUCAGCAAAGACAGUCGAUGCCCUCUCAACCUAUUAACAAUGGAAGCCCAGCUAUAUCGCACGCAUCACCUAUGCCCAGAUGGAUGGGAGAGAGCACAGCGUUGUAUAAUAUGAACCAAGGAUUGGCUUCAAUGAACCUGAAUACUAGCUUACCCAAAUCAGCCUCACUUCCAGCCAUUGCUACUAUGCCCUAUCCUCCAUUACCACAGACAUCAACAUCAAGGCCAGGAGGCAACAGCAACGGAGCCAUAGAUAACAACAGUACACAAAACUACAAUACUUACAGCAUUCAGGAAUCGCUUUACAGAAAAGUGACAGAUAAAUUACAACAAUACAAUCUGUCAGUCUCUGGUGAUAUGGAUAGACUACUGCUUCAAAACCGACAAUUAAAUGAAGGCGAAAUUAGCAUUGAUCAAGAAUUCAGAGCUUUGACUGAUAUCAAGGAGCGAUUGAUAUACAAUAACCUGGUUUUGGAAUCAAGAUCAAAAGAGAUUGUGGAUGUUACUGAGAAAGUGAAUGGGAUACCCGAUGUUCAAGUAGACGAGGCAUUGUGUGGGACAACUGUUGUGGCCAAUCAGAUUUUUGAGUUGGUGGCAGACGAUAACGCUAUAUCUGAUACGGUCUACUUUUUGGCUAAAGCAUUGAACUCGGAGAGAAUUGAUCUAACACAGUUUAUGAAGUACACCCGUAUGCUAUCACGAGAACAGUUUAUGAAGAGAGCACUGAUUAAAAAAAUCACUCAAACUUGA